AUGAGUGGCGCUGCAAUCGAGCAUAACAUCAAAGACAUUUGGUUCCUCAGUGGAGAAGCUGAUGAAUUCCGCGUGGACGGUUUAAAGUGCACGGCCUGCACACUGUGGCGGAAAAUUAUUACUGGAGCACACCCGGGUAACCGAGAUUGCCCAGAAAAGUGUGUGGGCACCGUGCUUGUUCACAGGUCGCACACCAGUAUGGCCUCGUGGGCAGAUACUGCGUAUUGUAUGCAUUGGAGAAGGAGCCCGACGAUGGAGAUCAAGCUUCUCACGAAGCGUAACAUGGUACCGUUAGGACCAGAAGUGUAA